AUGGUGCUACAGAAGAUUGGAUCCUGGACCAUUGCGACGGACCGGAAUCUUUCAGAACCGCUGUUGGUUUCCAACGAUUGUUCGAAUGCCUUGUCCCACUUUUUUCAGAAUGCGUCAACCCAAUUACUUUCUGUCACUGCGGAAGCACAAUCUCAUCCUUCCGGUUUGGAUUCCUUAUAUGCCCAACCCUGGGUCUGGGCUUCCGGAGGCCUCGGCAACAUGGACGAAUGUCCUCUUCAGGUGUGUUUGGCAGGCGGAACCUUACGGGACUCCCUGGUCUUUGCCUCCGCCUGCGUCGUUCCGGAAUGCAAUGCCAUGGAUUUGGCGGCCGACGAUUUCCCAGCCAAGGUGGCUCUGGCAUCCCACAAUCGACAAGUUGCUGCUGUUGCUGCUGCGGUUGCGGUUGCUGCGGAAACUACUAGAACAUCAGCCGAAUUUGAGCCAGAAUUUGAUCCAAUAUUGAUCGAAAGUUAUGUUUCCAGUUUCAAACGGCUUGCCAAGAUCAAUCGAUUCUUGAAAACUGGAUGGGUAUGUGGGGAAUACAAGGCGGAGUGGUCCUUUGGGACAUUUUUAUAUUUGCUAAUCUUGGUAGUGUUGCUCCUGUUGAGUUGCAUCGGGACCUUGUUUGUUCGACCAAAAUCAAAGAUAAAAUCUGAAUCAACCAGAACAAUAAGUGACGCCAACACCACAAAUCAUGCAGAAGAAAAGAAGGAUGACGCGGAGCAACAAGCAUCAAUGCAAAGACAACAGGAAAGUACUAGAAUACAACAACAAAGCGAAUUCUGGGACGCCUGGGACAUGUCAAUUCAUCUCAAGAAAUUAUGUUGUCAACGACCUGAAACGGCAUUUUUGGAUGGUCUCAAGUUUGGAAGUAUUCUAUGGGUCAUUUUUGGACAUGUGAUUGCCAUUCAAUCCUCCACAGGACCAGGGUACAUGAAUCCUAGUACCUUUUUACCGCCUCAUGGAUUCACCACCACUCUGGGAGGUCAGCUCUUUUUCAGCGCCCGAUUUGCAGUCGACACAUUUUUGUGCAUUAGCGGAUAUCUGGUAGUCCACAUUUUGAAAACAAAACUGAAACGACAAGCCGAGCAUGGAGCUAGCUGGUGGGAACUACUAUACUUAUUCCUCAUAAGGAUACUGCGCAUUCUACCGCUAUAUGCCAUGUGUCUUGGAUUUUGGAUGUUUGUCGCACCUCAUUUGGGAUCCGGACCAUUUUGGUACCAAUGGCAGUUCUAUUUGGAGCCCUGCGACAAGUAUUGGUGGACCAACUUUUUGUUUGUCAACAACUUUUUACCUUGGGGGAGACCGACGACGGAUAGCUGCUUUUAUCAUUCCUGGUACCUAGCAUUGGAUAUCCAGUUGUUCUUGUUAUGUGGCCCGUGGUUGGUUCUGCUCUACUUGCGGUCUCAGACGGCUGGUCGGCGAAUGACGGCAUUGUUAUGGACGCUGUCGGUUGUCGUCACGGCAUUUCUCUCCUACACACGAAAAUGGAGCGUCAAUACGCUGGAUGGAGGUUCUGCCGUCUUGUUUGACAUUGAAGGAUAUGCCAAACCACACGUCCGGGCCCAAUCGUAUCUGGCAGGAAUGCUAGUAGCCAUGCUACCUCCGUCAUCAUCAUCAUCGUCGUCAUCGUCGUCAGCAACAGUGAUUUAUGGAGGAACACGGACGGCCAAAGCAGCCAUGGUCACGGCACUAAUAGGUUUGGCGACCAUGUCACUCAUUACCGUCACUGGAGCCUACAGCCGUCGAGCUUGCCAAUUCCAAGAGGUGCCGUCCACCAAUGAUUGCGGAUCUUCCUGGAGUGCGGAAGCAACCUUCCUGUACACUGCGUUUGGAAGAGCCAUUUGGUCAAUCUGUAUUGCCACCAUUAUGCGUCUCUGUUUGGAACGUCAGGGAGGCUUGAUCGGUUCCAUGCUCAGUUGGAACAUUUGGACACCACUCGCCCAUUUGUCAUUUGGAGUUUACUUGAUUCAUCCCAUGAUCAUUUUUAUUUGGAAACUGGGUGAUCGACAAAAGUCGACCUUUCGUGUCUUUUCCUACGUCAUGGAUUUCACCUCGAUCACAGUGGUCAGCUUUGUAUUUGCCCUCCUCGCGGCAUUGAUCGUGGAAUUCCCCUUUUGCGCCCUGAUGCGACCGCUGAGUAAGAGCUCUACUACUAGAGCGACCACAUCAGUUCAGGAGGAAGAAUCAUCGCCAUUGGUGGUGGUGCAGAGUAUUGAAAGGAACACAUAUGGCACAGCCGCAGUUGCGACAUGA